UCAAUUUUUGUUACGUUAAUAUUAUUUUUUUAAUUUAUUUAACAUGACUGAUCAUCAUACGAAAUCCAUUUCGAAACUUUUAUUUCAAAGCACGACUACGGCAGAAUGCGAUUGCUAUAAACCUGACAAUGUUUUUAAUAGAUUCAAAUUAAUAGAAUUCCCAAUAUCUUUCGUUGGGUUGUCGUCAACUCAAUACCUCGACGUAGAAGUAGAUUUAAAUACGUCUGCUUAUCUGAAAACUAUGCACGCCGGCAAAUUAUUGAAAUUCAAUGAAGCCCGUGAAAUAUCGGAAUCACACAGAGCGUUUGAUGUAACCCCAGUAGACAAAAGCACCAUACAGAUAACAUUUAAACCUCUACCAGAAUGCAUUACAAGAGCAAAGCGAGCAAAACAAUUUGACAACAGAUUUGUGUUUGAUCUGCGUUUGAUACAAGUAGACGGAAUUCGAUGUUGUAAUAACGAAUUUCAUUCUGAAGUUGGCCGUUAUUACAUUUGUGGAGAAUUUGAAUACUGUACCAUUAAUCAUUAUCCCAAAAAGCUUAACUUUGGCGAUAUUGUUAUGAAUGCAAAAUCAACAAAAUACAUAAGACUAAUAAAUGAAUCUAAACUAAAUGCCGCUAAAAUACAGUACAUCCGGAUAACUGGAUUUGAAGUCCAGCCUCAAAAAUGUUGUAUUCCUCCUAAUUCAUCGAAACGACUAUCAAUCACAAUGAGACCUACAUGUUUAAAAGUUAAUAAUACACUAACAUUUAAAAUAAGAAAUCCUCAUGAUCUUAAAGAUGAAAAUGAUGAAAAUUAUUUAAGAUACACAAUAAAGUGCAAUUUUAACAUAAUUUGCAAUAAACAUUUCAAUAAUGUUAUAGUAGAAUCAUUACACAAAUUAAAUCAACCAGAACCUCAUUAUACUUAUUUACAUGAAGAAUUGCAAAUACAUGCUAACAGACAAACCGCAGCUUCCAAAUAUUUACAGAUAUGCAAAAUGUCUCAUUUUAAAAAACCUGUAAAAAAAAAUGAAUGUACUGAGAAAAAGAUAUGCAGUCUAGAUACAUCGUUCAAUUCCACAACCACUGCAAAAAUAUUUUGCAAAAAAGAUUGUGAAUACAUUACGUCAUAUAAUCUUUUCGAUAUUUUACUAAGUCCAUUUUUUAUUGAUUUUGGUCGCGUUGGAUUUCUAACAUAUGGCGAACAAGAUCUGAUUAUUAAAAACAAUAGCAAAUAUAACAUAACUGUCAAGUUAUUAAACGAUCACUAUAUUCUUUAUACCGAUGAAAAAAUUAAAAAUGUGUCUUUCAAAUUAAAGACAAUGAGCACUGUCAGUUUAAAAAUAUUUUGUUUGGGUUUUGUUGAAGGUUACUAUAGAGGUACAUUUGAGUACACUAUAGAUGAGAAAUAUAAACUAAAACAUAAUUAUUGUCUUCAGAUAGGUAAUCCCACGUUAAUGAUAAUGGAGAAGAGCUUAAAAUUUGGUAUGGUUACAACUGAAAGUUUUAUUACAUCAGUUCCCAUUCGAAUAUAUAACUACUUUAAUAUCGCAGUUGAUUUUAAAUGGGAUGAACUGCAUCCAGAUACCCCUUUUGAUAUAAUACCCAAUUCUGGUACUAUCCCAAAACAUACUUGUAAAAUAUGUGAUGUGUUAUAUGUUUCUAGACCGAGUAAAACAAAAACACAUGAAGUUGAUUUUGUAUCUCAGAGUAAAACAAGUAAGGUAAUUCCCAUAGAACUUAAUAUAAUUACCAGAAAACUUUGUAUAAAAUUUUUACAAUCGACGGUUAUAUUCAAAGAUAUCGCACUAAAUUUAGAAACUAUUGAGAGGGUAAAAUUAGAAAACUCUUCUCGGGAAAUUGCUCUUUUUCACGUUGUAGAACCUCUCAUACCAGGUUUUAGAAUAGAACCUAUGUCUGGCACCAUACGGCCAAAAAUGAUAAUAACUUUUGAAAUUAUUGUAAAAAUUUCUUGCAUAUUAGAAUUUGCAUUUGAUAUUUAUGUCAAAAUAAAUAAUAAAGAAAAUAUCAUUCUUCCUGUUAGUGGAAACAUAGUUGAGCCAAGGUUAGUCAUCCAUCCUAAACAUAUCUACAUGUCUCGAGUACCUUGUAACAUGAUAACGUACGUUCCAGUUACGUUUCAAAAUUUUAGUACUCUAAAAAGCACAGUAGAAAUCUUGGACACGGGAGAUGAAAAUAUAUUUAAUGUUUAUUCUGCUCAAGGUAACGAUAAACAAAAAAUUAUAGAGUUUCAUAUAGAAGGCGGACAAUCUAAAACAGUUUUUAUAAAAGUUUUUGAUGUAUUUCGUAGAGAGUACGAAAUGUACAUACCAUUCAAGAUAAAUAGGCUUUUAGGACCACCAGAUCAAAAUUCAUGCUCGACAGAUCUUCAGUAUUACAUUAGUCAAUAUGAACAGCUUUAUGAAAAUAACUCAAAAGUUAGAUUGAAAUCUAUAAGUAAAGAUAUCAGUUUUUGUAAAGUAACUGGAGUCAUUACUGUACCCUGGAUACAACUUUCGCCAGAAAAGUUCGAAAUUGAAUAUAUUCAAAAUGGUACUAAUGCCAUAGAAUUCACAAUGACAAAUGUAUCAAAAUAUUAUUUAUUUAUUACUAUAUUAAUAUCAAAGUUAUCGCCAAAUUUUACUUUGCAUUUGAGAACAGAAGAAAAUCAAUCUGCUACAAAUGAAACUCAAAUAAAAUUUGAAUUAGAACGCAAGAAUCAAGCUGGUUUUUGCUUAAAAUUUCAUCCUAAGGGACAUGGAAUAUUUGCCUCUACUGCUAUAUUAUAUCUAGAUAAACAUAUGACUACACCUUACUAUAAUCUAACAUUUAUUGGAAAACGACAAGCGCCUAUAAUGAUACCAAGCACUUAUCGCAUAGUGUUUCCUCCGUGUUAUGUUGGAACAACAAUUUCUCGCAUAAUUAAUCUAAAACUGGAAGCUAAAUCUGAUUUGGAAUCAUUUUCUUGCGUAUCUCAAGAUGAGCCUAAUCUGACUGUCAAAUUUAUUGACUUAGAAGCAAUACCGAGUGGACAUGAAUAUCACACAAUAGUGCAUAUAGAAAUAACAGUCUGUUGCCAAGUCACUUAUUCUCGUAAUUUAACGCUUACUUUUAACCAUGAAAGUGGUUCGGGUUGUGAAAUCGAAACUAGCUUUUGUUUCACUUACUGUCCAUUGACUUUGCAUACAAGAUUCUUAGUUAAACCAAUAGAUAAUCCUUAUCCAUACUUUCCCAUUAGUACCCAAAUUGAACUCUAUGAAUAUCUUGAAACAUGUUCUAAAUUUCUAGAAAAAUGGAUGUUUCAACAAGGGUUCCGUAGAGAUUUGUACCCAGUUAUUCCUGAUACUUUUCAUGCCAUAUCGUCAGCUAUAUCAUCUCAACCAGGUACUAAAACUAAAGGAAUGAAUGUUUCUUAUUUGAACUUUGUGAGAAGAAUUGCAGGUCCACUGAUGAAGCAUAUUCGAAAAAUAUCGCUGCAUGGUAUUGAUGAUUCUUUUAAAAGUGUUAAAGAAAUACAUGAUACAUAUAGAGAAAUUAUAAAUUUAUUAAAAUCACGUGGUGCAAAUCUCUGGGUACUGCAAGCAAGAUUCCUUUUAAGUUUUGACCAAUUUGUUAUAUAUUCUGAGAACGUAACACCUAAAUAUAAUGCUGACAUUAUUUUGACAAGAGAACUUUUAGCUGACAUGCAAUUAUUCAAUAGACUUAACAAGCAGAGUUGGAUUGAUUUUAUUUUACAGAGUUAUAAAGUUUUCGUAAUGGAUAGUUGUUUUUUCGAUUGUGUGUGUGUUAGUUCUCAACGUAGAGAUAUUAUAAAAAUUUUAAUAGAUUGGUAUAACGACCAAAUAGCACUACAACAAGAAACAUUACUGGGAAAAAGUAAACCGUAUAAAAUAAUUGAAAACAUAACUUCAGACUUAUCAGAUGGAAUAGCUCUAGCAUCAGCAAUAAUAAGUUAUUGUCCAUUUAUGAAGGAUUAUUUUACAAUAUUCUGUAAAGUUGAUGAAGAGAACAAAGAAGGUAGCAUUAUUAAUAAUGCCUGUCUGAUAAUUGAAGCAUUAAAUUUAUUACGACUGUAUUUUCCCCUGACUAGUAGAGAUUUACUACAGCCGAAUUUUUUACAAAUGUUAUUUUUAUCAAUCCAUUUAUAUGUCACUUUGCCAAUGUUUAAACCAAAGGACUUUGUUAAUUUUAAUCCACCUCUGUUAAGAAGUUCAACUCGACAGGUAGCAAUUGCACCUGCAACUCAAGAGUAUUUAAUUUUUAAUUAUAUUAUUCUUAAUAAUAUAAAAAACAACUUUACAGUGGAAAAGGCUCCAACUAGUGAAAACGGUAAAAAAAUGUUUUUGAGUGUAAAAUAUAUCGCUAAUUUUGUUAGUGAAGAAACAUGUAUUCUUCUUAUUCAUGGGUACAAUAAAACAAGAAUUUUUGACACUUAUGUAGUAAUCACACUACAUGGACACAUCGGCGCUUUAAAUCCAUUAAGAAAAUGUAAAGUAACUGGACCUUUAUACCGUCCUAUUAAAGUAGAUAUUUUAGUAUCUUCUCCAUUUGCUAUGACUUCAACUUAUCAAUUAUAUUUAACAGACAAUGAACCUACGAUUCCAGUUAUUUUUGAAUAUAGAAAAUGUCCUAGAUUUUACUUACGUCGACUCAACCUUAUUGACAAUGAAAUAUCUUUAAGUGGUUUACCUAAAGAAAGUGGUCAAGAAAUUCAAGAACAUAAGUUAUAUUUACAAUUGAUUUGUCUUAGUACCCAAACAGGAAACUCGUGGAUUUGGUUUACAAGUGAUGUAGGACAAUUUUUUGUUAGAGUAACUUCACAGCCUAGAUGGGAUUUAGCAAUAGAUACUUUGCAAGCAAAUGUUCACUCAUGGCCUAUGGAUCCUUGCAGCUGUGGAGAAGCCUGUGAAUGUUAUAGAACUACAGUUUUAAUGAUACCUCAUCGCAAUGAUCUUAUGAUCAAAUCUUUGCGAUACGCUCUGCUUGAACAUGCAUCUAUUAUUAUGAUGCAAGUAUUUGAUCAAUUAAUUGAAACAUCGACAGGAAAGAUAAUUCUUGGAAUGUUACUGACUGAAGGUGGCACGAAUAUGUUGGACGUGCAACAUAUUCUCCGCAAUGAAAUUACGUAUCGUGUAUCUUCGCGAACGCUUUUUCCUCGCCUGGAUUCUGUAACGUUAGCGCAACACACAUCUGCCACCUUACCUCUACCAAUCACGGUCUCAGCACAGGAUAAGUCAGAAAAAUACUCUGUGACAUUGACCUCUAACUGUGGAAUGGAUAUACGUACAUAUAGAAUUCUCUUCAUAGAAACGUCCGAAAAUUUCUCUAAUUUAUAAUUCGGUAUCUAUUAGCAAAGUUUUCAAUUGUGUUUAUUUCAUGUUUAAAUAUAUUAUUUUGUUAAAAUUUGCAGGAUACAAAAUUAUUUUUUGUUCUUAAAAUUAUCAUUUACUGAAGUUAUUUGGAAAUUAAUUCAAUUCAAUAUCUAAAUUUGCGAACAGCUGUGUCAGCGCAUAGCUUUGUCAUCUAUCUGGAAACUUAAAUUUUACUUAUCUAUUUAACAAUCCAUACUGCGAAUAUAUUGCAACAAACAAGUGCUGCUCAAAUUAUGAUAUACAUUUUAAGUUGAUGUAAUAUAAUAAUUGUAAAACUUUAUUUAUACAAUCUUUUUGCUGUAACUCGUACACUCAUCUUAUCUAGGGUAGUGUUACAAAUAUAGAAUCUGUGUCGAAUUGAAAAUGUUUGAAAACCUAAAAGUAUGGACAAUACUAUAUAUAUUUCAUACUAUUAAAUGCUAAAAUUACAACCCUUAGAGAAACUUUCGAAUAAUGAGGAGUAUUGUCAGUUAGUCGGUUUGGCUUUUCCUAUGUAGAGAAAAUUAAAAUAACAAUAGGUAUUUCUUUGGUUAAUACGCAACGUUAAUAUUUACUUCUUAUAAUUUGAAUUCAACAAAACACGAUGACAAUGGACAUUUUUAAUUUUAAUGUUUAAACGCCUUUUUAUAUGAUUAAUUCAUCUUUUUGCAUAUUAAUGUUGCAGAUUUUGUAUUCUCUGUAAUUACGAAAUUACCAAAUAACAUAUCUUUAAAAUCAUUAAAGAUAUUAUGUAGCAAUAAUAAUUAAAUGUUAA